GGUUCAAGUUAUUUCUACAGUUCCUUGUAAGACGAGAUUAAUUACAUUGCAACGAGUCGAAAAAUAUUGUGUAAAAGUUUGAUAUUAAGACGAAAUAAUCUUUUUGAGAGUAUAAUAUACACAUAUUAUGUGUAUAAACUUUUAAAGUGAUCGUGUGAUUUUUGGAAGUUGUACUUUUUCGGGGUAACCCACGUGGGAUGGUAUAGGUACAUCCUAGACUCCUCAGCCCCAGGAAUCAUCCCACAGCAUAUGGAAUAUAGUUAUUUGAUCGAAAUUACGUGCAUAAUUGCUGAGCCUAAUUCCUGAUCUGGUCCACAGCAGGGGGCUUCUGCUGCCCAGAUUGGGUUUGUGUGAAAAGCAAAGCAAAGUUAUUUCUAAGUUAUUGUUGAGCUCAGAGAAGCAAAUAAUCAAAUGGCGUACAUAUGUGAGGCUCAAAAAAAAAUCGUUAUACAAUUUUUAAAUGAUCAUCAAGAAUUAAAGACUGGGAAAUUCACCAAAGAUUUCACAUAUCAAAAGGCACAAGCUCUUUGGGAGCAAGUAACUAAUUUAUUGAAUUGUGUGCCGAAUGGGGCUGUAAAGCCAUGGAGCAAGUGGCGAAAGACAUGGCAAGAUAUGAAAAAGAAUGCCAAAGCAAAAAAUGCCUCUAUUAAAAGAUAUUCUGCAGGAACAGGUGGAGGACCUGCUCCUAAGGAGCUAUCCGAAGUUGAUUCAGAUAUUGUAAGUAUGUUGAGUAGUAAUCAACUAAAUGGCCUGGAAGUAGAAGAAACGGAAGUGGAGUUUUCAUUCCUUUCGUCACAACCCGAAAAUGAAUAUGGCGAAAAGAAUUGCUUCUCUUUAAAAUUGGAUGCUGCCGUAAAGGACAUAUAUGUGGAUGAAAAUGAGAAUAUGUUUGAAAAAAAUCUUGUAGAUAGUGAGUAUGCCACUCCACACAGCAGCCCAAUGAAGAUUGCAGAUUCAGUUAAUCUUGAACAUGACUAUGUUGGUAAAUCAACUCCAAAGAGGUUGUCAAAAAGUAAGAGACUUCAGACAUCGUUGGAGAUAUCAAAAAAUUCACUAAAUGCUGUAACUCAGAGGAAUGAGAUAUUAGAAAAGUACUAUAAACAAAAAACCUAUAUGCAUUUAAGGAAUUUGAAAGCACAAAGAAGAAUUGAUAGAAUGAAUACUUCUUGGUGGAAGUAUUUAAGUAUGAACCAUUAAUUUUCUGAACUUUAAAAUGAGUAUUAUGAUAGGAAAUGUUUGUGGACUUUCAUUUCACCAGUUGUGUUAUUUAGCUUGUGAAUGUUUCUUUUUGUAGUGAAUAGUUCCUUUUUAGUGAUCAUUAGCAAACAUGUUAUAUUUUCAAAUAAAUAUUAUACCUUCCCGGGACAGCCAACGGGAAGGUCUGUUUCUUAGAUGUAUUUCACUUUUGUGAAGCAGAUUUGACAAUUGGUGUUAUAUUUUUAGUUAUGAGUUUUCAGAACAUACAUACAUGAAACAAUUAUCAUAUAGUUUGCUUUAUACUUAAUUUCAAAUAAAUAUUAUACCUUCCCGGGACAGCCAACGGGAAGGUCUGUUUCUAAGAUGUAUUUCAAUUUUGUGAAGCAGAUUUGACACUUAAUUGGUGUUAUAUUUUUAGUUAUGAAUUUUCAGAACAUUCAUACAUGAA